CUCCAGUCUUCCUUUUUCCCCCCCUGUGUUGUCCAGAACGGAUCGGAUGGUUCCAGAUCAGAUGCGCAAAGACUAAGAAUCAUGACGGACAAGAGAAAUGAGUUCGUGGAUAAUUCGUGGAUGUUUGUCCAAGUGGAGUUGCUUCGAUGACAGCGGGGAAAAUUUGGAAGAGGAGACGGAUUUAUCAAAUGGACAAACGCGCCGUCUCUUUUGACUUUGCCUUCACAGCUGAGAACUCCCUGGGUCUUACGGUCGUCUGGACAAACUCAGCUUUGUUGGGACCAGCUUCCCAGCGGUUUGUGAGUUGCCCGAUUAUCACAGGACACAUUUGAAACAGCCGGUGCGCAAUCGUCUUCCCAUGGACUGGUGAAACUCAGUCUCCCCGUGUUGCUCCAGGUAAGCUGAAAUCUGUCCGUCAUCAUUACUCCGAAUUCCGACAUGGAUUUCAACAACAGCUCGCUGCGCUAUCUCCACGUGGAGUUCAACCCGCUGACCGAAAUCAUGGACGAGAACGAAACGAACUCCACGCUCGGUGAGCGGAACUUGCCGGGCUGCGUCCAGAUCCGGAUCCCGCAGGAGCUUUUCCUGGCGCUGGGCAUCAUCAGCCUGGUGGAGAACAUCCUGGUGAUCCUGGCGAUCAUCAGGAACCGCAACCUGCACUCGCCCAUGUACUACUUCAUCUGCUGCCUGGCCGUGUCCGACAUGCUGGUGAGCGUCAGCAACGUGGUGGAAACCAUCUUCAUGCUCCUGAACGAACACGGCCUUCUGGACGUGCACCCGGGCAUGCUGCGCCACCUGGACAACGUCAUCGACGUGAUGAUCUGCAGCUCCGUGGUGUCCUCGCUCUCCUUCCUGUGCACCAUCGCCGCGGACCGCUACAUCACCAUCUUCUACGCGCUGCGCUACCACAGCAUCAUGACCACGCAGCGCGCCGUCAGCAUCAUCGUGGUGGUGUGGCUGGCCAGCGUCACCUCCAGCAUCCUCUUCAUUGUGUACCACACCGACAACGCCGUCAUCGUGUGCCUGGUAACCUUCUUCUGCAUCACCCUGGUGUUCAACGCGGCGCUCUACCUGCACAUGUUCGUGUUGGCCCACGUGCACUCGCGGCGCAUCUCGGCGUUUCACAAAGGCAGGCGCCAGUCCACCAGCAUGAAGGGCGCGAUCACCCUCACCAUCCUGCUCGGUGUCUUCAUUCUGUGCUGGGGGCCUUUCUUCCUCCACCUCAUCCUCAUCCUCGCCUGCCCCACCAGUCCCUUCUGCAACUGCUUCUUCCGGAACUUUAACCUUUUCCUAAUUCUGAUCAUCUGCAACUCCCUCAUCGACCCGCUCAUCUACGCCUACAGGAGCCAGGAGCUGCGCAAAACCCUGCAGGAGCUGGUCCUGUGCUCCUGGUGCUUUGGCAUGUAGGAGCCGUGGAAAUUGAAGCAAAUUAGGUCAACGUGCGAUCUUUUAC